CAGAUAUCGGGAGAGAGGCAACUCUACAACAAAGAAAAGAUGGCGACUCCGAAAGCAGCAAACUCUUCAGUUGCCCCUUUAACUUAUGGAAACAAACCCAAAAAGUUUCAAUUAGAGGACGAUGGUGAAUCUUAUAUGAUUGGCAGUGAAGUUGGAAAUUUUUUACGCCUUUUCCGAGGAUCUUUAUACAAGAAGUAUCCAUCUUUAUGGCGUAGGCUAGCCACAAUUGACGAGAGAAAAAAAAUAGCCUCACAAGAAAAUGCCAGUGGAAGUUCCCUGGCAACAAACAUUACGCUUGUUAGAGCAACAGAGAUAGAAGAGAUUCUCGAGGGUGAUGAUGACAAGUAUAAGGUUGAAUUACGUGAAAAGGUUGCAUUACAGAAUGUGGAUAGAAACAAGGCCAAGCGCGGUAGUAAUGUUUGGUUGCCAAAUAUUUUACCGAACAGUUCCCAUCAUCUUGAUGCAGUUCCAGCUGCCACUCCUAUUAACAGAAACAGAUUUGGUCCUAAGAGAGUUAAAUCUUUCCCAACUUGUUAUGAUGAUCAUGAUAUGGCAGCAGUACAUGAGGCAGCUGCAUUACCAGAAGAACUAAUACCUAUAAGGUUAGACAUUGAAAUAGAUGGACAGAAGUUAAGAGACUCCUUUACUUGGAAUAAAAAUGAGACACUAAUUACACCAGAGUCAUUUGCUGAAGUUUUUUGUGAUGACUUGGACCUUCCAGCUAACAGCUUUGUGCCAGCAGUUGCAUCUGCUAUUCAGCAACAAAUCAAACAACAUUCAACAGAAACAGAAAUCAAUAUGGAUGAUGCUGCUGAUCAAAGAGUUAUUAUAAAGCUAAAUAUUCAUGUUGGGAAUGUUUCACUGGUCGAUCAGUUUGAAUGGGACAUGGCAGAGCCAUUGAACACCCCUGAGCAGUUUGCAAUGUCAUUAUGUACAGACCUUGGAUUAGGCGGAGAAUUCGUUACUGCUAUUGCGUACAGCAUCCGUGGACAACUGAGUUGGCACACAAAGACAUAUGCUUUCAGUGAAGCGCCAUUGCCAACCAUAGACAACCCAUUUAGAACAGGAAAUGACGUAGACCAUUGGUGUCCAUUCUUGGAAACACUUACCGAUGCCGAAAUGGAAAAGAAACUGCGCGAUCAAGAUAGAAAUACGAGGCGUAUGCGUCGUCUGGCAAAUACGGUUCCAAGUUACAUAUGAUGUAUCAGUCAAGCCCAGUAUUGAUUCACCAAGCAAAGUUGAUGUACACUGAGGCACAACAGCUCAUAAAUUGAAGUCAUUGUGAACAUGUCACAGCUCAAUUAUACGGAGAUGUGUGCACUACCUUACGGGGAACUUAGUCAACUUACUAAAUGUUCAUUCAAGUUUAUGCUAGUCUCCAUUAAGCUGGCUAUUUUCUAACUUGCCAUGCAUCUGUCGAAGAUCCCAUUAAAGUACAUCUUUUAAAGACUUGCCUGGGCAUCAUUGAGGACGCAAAAACAAUAUUGUAACUGUUAACCUAUCUUGAUUUUUAUAUGAAAAGAAUGACACCGUACUCUAUACAUGAGUUUUAACGAGAAGAAAAA